AUGCGUUAUUGCUCCGAUAUUUUCCCAAAAGAUAAACCAAAUUUUUCAUCAUGUUUAAAAAUAUCUUCGAAAGAUGUAUUAAGUAUGUUAACUGAAAAUUCAAAUACAACCGCAACACGAUUUUAUUUAACCAUUAUUCAUUUAACAAUAUUAGCAUAUAUCGAUAAAACAACAUCUGUUAGUGAUCGUAUUUAUUUUGUGGAUCCAGUGUAA